GAAGAAAAAAAAACAAUGGGCAUGCUCCGGAAAGUCGGGCACUGGUUCGCGCCACCAGCGGACAAGGCUGACGAUGGUCGGGACGUGUGGCCGUCGCGUGCCGCCUUCCUCCUCGCGUCGAUGGGCGGGUGCGCGGGCAUGGGAAACCUGCUGCGGUACCCGUCGACCGUCUACAACAACUACGGCCUGCAGUGGUUCAUCCCGUACCUGAUGUGCAUCUUCCUGAUCGCCAUCCCCGUGCUCACGCUCGAGAUCAGCAUCGGCCAGGCCUACCGCGGCGGCAGUGUCGUGGCCUUCAACAACAUCAACCACCGGCUCAAGGGCACCGGCUUCAGCCUGCUGUACAUCGGCUUCAUCGUCGGGCCGUACUUUGUGGUGAACCUGGCCUGGAUCAUGGCCUACUUUCGAUACAGCUUCCACAACCCCCUGCCCUGGGCCGGCGACCCCUCGGGCUUCUUCGACAGGGUGGUGGCGAACCCGGCCCCCAGCCCGGGAAGGCUCAACGCCCAAGGCACGGCCAUCGAGGCCUACACGCAGUACCCGGCCACGGGCAUGGUGGGCGAGACGGUCGGCUGGUGCGCAUUCACGUGGUUCCUCGUCUGGCUGUGCAUCUUCCGCGGCGUCGGGCUCACGGGCCGCGUCGUGUACUGGACCAUGGGGCUGCCCAUCGUCAUGACCAUCAUCCUCAUCGGCCGCUCCGUGUCGCUGGAGAACGCAGGCGAGGGCGUCAAGCUGUACUUUGCGACGUGGCGAGGCGAGCAGCUGGCGCGCGGGUCGGUGUGGCAGACGGCGUGCGGGCAGGUCUUCUUCUCGACGGGCGUGGGCUUUGGCUACUUCACCUCGUACGCGAGCUACAACCGGAAGCACUCCAACGCCGUCAUGGACUCGUUCCUCAUCAUCCUGAGCAACAUGGUCUUCGAGUGCACGGCGGCCUUUGCCGUGUUUGGCGUGGUGGGGUUCCUGAGGAUGUUCCCGGAGCCCGACGCCGCCCCGAUCGGCGGUUUCACCAUCGGCUUCCUGACGCUCCCGGCGGCGGUGGAGCAGAUGCCCGGGGCCAACUUUUGGGCCAUCGUGCUCUUCUUCACCCUGAUGGUGCUCGGUUUCAGCUCGGCGUUCGCCAUGCUCGACGCCGUGGUGACGCUGGUCAUGGACUCGGGGGUCAAGUGGCCGCGGCCCGCCGUCGUGUCAUCGCUGACCAUCCUCUCGUUCCUGCUCUCGCUGCCGUACUGCACCGAGUUUGGCUACUACCUCCUCGACGGCGUCGACAGGUGGAUCAGCGACGUGGCCCUCGUCUUUGUCGUGUUUGCCGAGUGCACCACGUCGACGUCGCUGUACCGCUGGAGGGACGUCGCGGGCCAGGUCGGCGCGAGGUCUUUUUACCUCUAUAACAUUGGCUACUUUGGCGGCCUAGUGUCCGGCGUCGCGGCCGGCAUCGCGUCGAGGGCCGAGAUUGGUGCGGGCGUGGGCUUUGGCAUCUACAUCAUCUUUGCUGCCGCCUCGGUGGCCAUGGGCAAGGUCCCCGACGCGCCAGUGCCCACAAGGUUUAGCGGGAAUGUGUUUAUGCAGCGCUUUUAUUAUGUGGCUUUUUACUCGGGCCACCAACUCACCAAGGAUCUCAACGUCAUUGUCGCCCAGGGCAAGAACUGGAAGAUUCCCGUCUUCUGGGGCCCAAUGCUGAGGUACCUGUCCGGCCCGAUCCUGGGCAUCGUCUACGGCUUCAGCUACCCGACUUUUCACGAGAAGAAGGUCGACCCGCUGCACAUCUUUGGCUUCUUCACGGGGCAUGUGGUGCUCGCGCUGGCGCUCCUGGGCUUCAUCGCUCCGCGCUGGUUCAACAUCCUGAUCCCUCCGCAGAGGCGCGACGAGGGAAAGCACCCGUAUGCCCCGCGCGUCACGAUGGAUCCGGACGCAAAGGGCCGCGACAGGACCCUCGAGCAGCAGGAUGGGGUCGAUGUGGAUGCUGCAAUGAUGCAGCAGGAACAACAGCCUGCCAAGGAGGGAGACGGCAGUAUGGCUUUGGGUACGACGGACAAUGGAAGGAUGAUGGACAUGGAUGUGAUUGCAUCAAGCAGCUCGGGGGAAAGCCCCAGGGAGCCGCGCAAGGAGAAUUUUUGA